AUGGCGACAGUUUCUCAUUAUCAUGAGAUUGGCUCGCCAGGUCAGCCAGCCAGGCAACCGCCUGGACAAGGCUCAUCCUGGAGAGGUCUGGCUCUAGCGUCUUCUCACUCAGCACUUGUUGGGUUCCUGGUGAUGCCCCUGGCCUUCGGGGACGCAGAGAACCCCAGCGCUGCUCAUGCCAACAGGACGGCCGCAGUUGUUGUCGCGUCUGUCCUGAUCGGACUUGCGUACUCGUCUUCACUCGUCCUGUUCCUGUUUCACUUCAAUGAGCGAAUGCUCCUGAUUCAAUGGCUGCUCGUCCCUGGCGUGAUAUGUAAUGCCCUAGCGUUAUUCAACGUCCUUAUCAAUAUCCUAUGUCGGGACUUACUUCCUCUGCAUCUCUUGGAAAUCUUGAGCCUAGGUCUCUCCACUGCGGCUGCGUUUAUGUAUGCCCUUGGUGCGCUCUGGCUUUACUCACACGACGCCAACAGAACGAAUGCCGGAAACUCACAUGGUGGAACGAUUCUAUUGACGGACGAGGAGAUGCAACGACAGCAAUUACAGCGUCUUUUGGAGCAGAACUCCUCGAGGAAAUCAUUAAGUCCGAGGGCGGUACAGAAAACCUAUCGGGUCAACCACCCUGACCGGGUCAACUCAUUCCUACCUCCGCCACAUGAGGACGGAGGAUAUUGGAGCUGA